CCAGCAUGGACUUUGAAAAAAUAUUGUUCAAGUGCGGCGAUGCAAGUCGCUAUCAGAUCCUAAUGCUAGGCUUGUUCGGCUACAUUGGCUUCACUAGCACUAUCCAUUAUUACUCGCAAAAUAUCAUUAGUUUUGUGCCUGGGCAUUGGUGCUACCACAAGCAACUAGAAGACAAGACCUUUGAGGAAAUCGCUUCCAUUUAUGCACAAUUUGGCAGUAAAGCUUCGUGCUCCCGUGUGGAAACAGUCGAUGGCCAUAACUUCACACUCAGCAGCGAUCGCUGCGAACGCUGGAUUUAUAAUUAUGAUUACGGAUUCAAGAGCAUUACCACUGAGAUGAAUUGGGUUUGUGACGAUGCGUACAAGGUCCGCAUUGGUCAAUCUUUCUUUUUUAUCGGCUCACUUCUUGGAACUUGGAUAUUUGGACAGAUGGGAGAUCGAUUUGGACGUCUUCCAAUCUUGAUAUUGGCCAACAUGUUCGGAUUUGUGGGUGACUUGAGCACCAGCUUUGCCAAGGAUGUAUUGCAGUUUGCCAUUUGCCGAUUUAUUUCUGGCUCUUCCGCUACCGCAAAUUUCUAUCUGAUGUUCACAUUAGUGCUCGAAUAUGUGGCGCCACGAUUGAGAAAUAUGCAUUUCAGCUGCACCAUGGCAAUCAGUACCUUCUUAGGUGCCUUAGCCGCAUCUUGGCUGGCCGUGUGGGCUGGAAAUUGGCGCAGCUAUCUGGCCUGCACAUCAUUGGCUUUGCUAGCCAUAAUACUUUUUUACUUUGUGGUGCAGGAGAGCGCACAGUGGCUUAUAACUCGCAAUGAUAUUGAAGGCGCCACUAAACGACUGAAGCACAUCGCAAACUUUAAUCGAAGGCAAUUGCCUGUCGAGGAUUGGGAUGAAUUUCGCAGCCAUUGCAUCGAGAAGCGAAAGGAAAUGGAGCUUCGGAAGGACCAAAAUGUUAAACUAUUAGAUACCUUACGUAUGCCGCGUCUGCGCAGAACAAUCCUCGCUGCCAUAUUUACCUUCAUGAUGAACUCUUUGGCUUUCAAUACCAUCUCCCGCAAUGUAGAGGGCCUGGGCAUGUCACCAUUUAUAGUCUUCUCCCUCUUUGCUCUCACCAUACCGCCAUCAGGCUUAAUACAGGGAUUGAUGCUUAACCGAUUUGGUCGCAAGGGCACAGCAUUUCUGGCCAUGAUGAGCACAGGCUUGCUAGCCUUAACAGUGGGAAUUAUCCAGUGCUUUGAUGUGAAGGGAAUCGCAAUGCUAUUAGCUCUUGCACUUCCUAUGCGCCUUGGCGCUUCCAUGUGUUAUUCGACUGCAUCGCAGUAUUUGUCAGAGGUUAUGCCAACCUGUGUCCGCUCAAGAGGCAUAGCCACCGCCCAUGUGGCUGGAGCAGCAGCAUCGUCCCUCUCCCCAUAUUUAAUACAUCUUGGAUUGAAACUAAGAGCAGGUCCUUCCCUUGUACUCGUCGUAGUUUUGAUGUCCGCCGCAGCAGCCACACUAAUGUUACCAGAGACAAAUAAAAGGCAGCUGCCCAUAACGCUGGAAGAUGGGGAGCUGUUUGGUAAAGACGAAUCCAUCUUCACUUUUCAAUGCAUCAAGCGUAAAAAUAGUGAUGUACAACCACAUUUGGAGGAGCUGGAAACGUUCCAGACUAAAUCUGAUGCAGCAUAACUGCACACCUUUCACAAAUUUGUCUGUGACAUGCAUUUAUGAAGAUUUGGAACAAUUCAGGAAUAGGAUUUCAGUCGUAAUCGUCAGUUUCGAUUGAUAGUUCCAACAUACGAUUUUAACCAAGUCACCAAGCUCCUGAAGAGUGCAGAGCUCUACAAAUGUUCACACAACCUUUGUGUGACGUUUCAAAAAUUUAUAACUUUGUAUAUUUUUAUAUUUUACGAUAAAAUAAGAACGAAAUUCCAUCUGAAUUGAAAACAACUAAGGGUCGUCAAUGUGGUUCUUCUAUAUUUUGCAUUCAUUCAUGUCAUCUACUAUAUGACAACAAACCCACACUUCUUUUAUAUGGGGCAAAACCUUCUGAAUUGAAUUUUAAAAUGCAACGAAAGGAGGUGGCGAUUCAGUAAAACAAAUCUAUGGGUAAUGGGUCAAAGUUCUAGUGCCUUUUGUAUAAAUUACCAAAAACUUUGCAUCAAACUGGGUUCUUUUAUUAGUUUUAAGCAUUAUGUAUAGUAUAUCAUUAAAUCAAAAAAUUGGACUGAAGUCAGAUUUAAUGUUGUGAUUACAAAGACGGCUAUUUUGAAACUUGGUCCAAAUAUAUUAAGAUGUUAUAUUUUAUUUUUUUAUAAUGUUAAACCCCAAAGAAUUGAAAUAUAAUUGUAUCCUAUAAUAAAUAAA